AUGAAACUCCUCACCCUCAACUUCCUCACCUGCGCCGUAAAAACCUGCAAGUCCUCCUCGGACUCGUUCCCCCUCCACCCAAAGGACGCUGAGCUCGCCUCGGACGACGUCGAGGUCAACCCGGAGCUGUUGGUCAACUUGCUUCCGAGGCUGGACUGGAAGGCGCUCAAAACGACGUCCGCAGAGGUAUUUCUCCCCUCAUGCAUCUAUCCGCUCGGCUUCCCCCAACUCCCAGACUCCCCACCAACCAUCGAACAACUCCAAUCAGACGACAAGUUGUUGAAAGACCUGCACUCGCUGCUCAUGGAGACGAACCUGAUGGAGGGCAAGCUCGUCUGCGGGGUGUGCGGGCAUGAGUAUGCCGUUCGGGAGGGGAUUCCCAACUUUUUGCUGCCGAGUCAUUUGGUUUGA